UUCCGGCGUGAACAUGGUGCAGAAGUACCAGUCUCCUGUUCGCGUCUACAAGUAUCCAUUCGAACUGGUCAUGGCGGCCUACGAGAAGCGCUUCCCCACCUGCCCGCAGAUCCCCGUCUUCCUGGGCAGCGAGGUUCUGCGCGAGUCCCGUAGCGCCGACGGCGCGGUGCACGUGGUGGAGCGGAGCUGCCGGCUGCGCGUGGACGCCCCGCGCCUGCUGCGGAAGAUCGCAGGCGUGGAGCACGUGGUCUUCGUGCAGAGGAACGUGCUGAACUGGAGGGAGCGGUCUCUCCUCAUCGAGGCGCACAACGAGACGUUCGCCAGCCGCGUGGUGGUCCAGGAGAACUGCAGCUACACGGUCCACCCCGAGAAUGAAGACUGGACCUGCUUCGAGCAGUGUGCCUCGCUGGACAUCCGGUCCUUCUUUGGUUUUGAGAACGCCCUGGAGAAACUGGCCAUGAAGCAGUACACCGCCAACGUCACCAGGGGCAAGGAGGUAAUCGAACAUUACUUGCAUGAGCUCAUCGCCCAGGGCACCUCUCACAUUCCCCGAUGGACGCCUGCCCCGGUCUGCGAGCCGGACACCCCCAGCCAGCCUGGCCCGCAAGACCCCGGUACCCAAGAGGCUGGUGGGCCCAGCAUUGCCCCGGACCCCGCUCCAGAGACUAUGGGUGCUGAUGGGCAUGAGCUGGACGCCGACCACCUGGAGAGGCGCCUGGGCUGCCUCACCCCCGCGCAGGAGAGCUGCCUGCUCCGGCUGCGGCUCUGGCUGCAGGAGACCCACACCGGCAAGAUCCCCAAGGAUGAGCACCUGCUCCGGUUCCUGCGGGCCCGUGACUUCCACCUGGACAAGGCCCGGGAGAUGCUGUGCCAGUCCCUGAGCUGGCGGAAGCAGCACCAGGUGGAUGUGCUCCUUGAGACCUGGCGGCCCCCUGCCCUCCUGGAGGAGUUUUACGCGGGGGGCUGGCACUACCAGGACGUCGAUGGCCGCCCGCUCUACAUCCUGCGCCUGGGCCAGAUGGACACCAAGGGCUUGAUGAAGGCAGUGGGGGAGGAGGCGUUGCUGCAGCACGUUCUUUCCAUCAACGAGGAAGCUCAGAAGCGAUGUGAAAGGAACAGCAGACAGCUCGGCCGGCCCAUCAGCUCCUGGACCUGCCUGCUGGAUCUGGAUGGGCUCAACAUGCGGCACCUGUGGCGGCCGGGCGUGAAGGCGCUGCUGCGCAUGAUUGAGGUGGUGGAGGCCAACUACCCUGAGACCCUGGGCCGGCUGCUCAUCGUGCGCGCGCCCCGCGUCUUCCCUGUGCUCUGGACGCUGAUCAGCCCCUUCAUCAACGAGAACACCAGGCGCAAGUUCCUCAUCUACAGUGGCCGCGACUACCAGGGACCCGGCGGCCUGGUCGACUACCUGGACAGAGACGUGAUCCCCGACUUCCUCGGGGGGGAGAGCCUGUGCAAUGUCCCUGAAGGAGGCCUGGUCCCCAAGUCCCUCUACCUGACGGAGCAGGAGCACACGGAGCAGCUGCGGCAGUGGAGUGAGACCUACCAUUCAGCCAGUGUGCUCCGCGGGGCCCCUCACGAGGUGGCGGUGGAGAUUCCAGAAGGGGAGUCGGUCAUUACCUGGGACUUCGACGUCCUGCGAGGGGACUUGGUGUUCAGUUUGUACCACGCCAAGCAGAUGCCCACACCAGCCCCCUGGGAGCCUGGGACCAGGGCCGGCGGGCCAUUGAUCAACAGGAGCUGGGUCCUGGGCACAGAUUACAGCCGUGUGCAGGCGCCCCUCCUCUGCCGGGAGGGAGAGAGCAUCCAGGGCUCUCACGUGACACGGUGGCCGGGGGUCUACCUGCUCCAGUGGCAAGUGCACAACGCCCCCUGUGGCACAGCCUGCAACCUCCCGGGAGUGGAUGCUGCCCUGACCGCCCUGCAUAGCCCUGGCCCCAGGUGCAAGCUCCUCUACUACUACGAGGUGCUCGCGUCCGAGGACUUCAGGGGCUCCAUUUCCAGCCUGGAAUCCUGCACCAGCGGCUUCUCCCAGCUCAGUGCCGCCACCUGCUCCUCCUCCUCCGGCCAGUCCCACAGCAGCUCCCUGGUCUCCAGAUAGCUGGGGGCUGCGGCUCACCUCUCCAGUCCAGAAGUCUCCGGGACGAGAAGCCAGCCUGCCACCAGGGCUGGAGCCCUGGGCCAAGACACUGCCUGCCAUAGGGGUACGGCACGGGCGGCAAGGACCCUGCUCCCGGCCCCUGUGCAAUGCGAGC